AUGAUCGGCUACUCCUCGUACUCAAUACAGCCUUUGUGGUUGGUGUUAAUUGUACUAUCAUCACCAGCGGUCGCACAGGGUGUACUUAAUAGCGUCGACAGCCAAGAUGGAGAUGGCGAAUCAGAGUCAUAUUCGACGACGCGAAGCGUUUCCUCUAAAGGAAUGAUAAUAUUGUGCACCAUCGUGGCGUUGGUUUUGGUUAUCGGUGUUUUAUUCACCGUUGUGUUCAUCACUGUAAAGAAGAGGAGCUCGAAGACUUCCAAGACACCCUUUUCACAAAAUGAAGCAGUAAUAGAAGCCACGGAAAGGCCGUUGAGCGGCAAUACACCGACAGAAAGGGACGCCUCUAGAUCCAAAACUUCGAAUCACGCAGGGAUUCAGCCAGAUAUAGAGAAGAAUGCUGGUGUUGAUCAAGGCCGACCGCACAGAAAUGCUUGGAUGAAGCAAAGAGGAUGGGGGUCCUACUUCUCUUUCGGGCGCGCAUAG